AUGUCAUCGUCGGCAGGACAAAUCAAUAAUCUAAACCAAGUCGUCUACCCUAUAGAAGCCCUAAUUUAUGCGUUCGCACUACCAUCUGUAGUAUUUAUACAGGUCUUCACGCACCGGUUCCGAUUGAUGCAAAAGAAUAUGAGAGUCAUCCUCAUAGUGUAUUUCAUCUGCCAACUCCUCCUCGCCAUUACGCGAACCGUCGAAUUAUUCUGCAAAAUCACGACGGCUUACAAUCUCGGCGCAUACGAUCAACUAUACGUCGAUACACUCUACGCGUACGCAUUUGUACUGGCUUUACUGGACAUGUUGAACAUGAUCAUCGCCUUGGAGCGGGUGUUGGCCGCUUAUAUCGGGCAAAAUUAUGAGAAAAGCUGGAACUCGUAUCCAUUUGGGCUUUUGAUGUGUAUAGCUGCGCUAGUAGCUGCCUUGCCAUUUUACUAUAAGGCCCUUGAUAUUGAUUUUUCGUUAACGAGCGUGCUGGUCAGCUUUGUUAUUACCCAAAUAUCACUCAUCACCAUCGCAAUCUUCGUGGCCGGCAGUCCCUGGCUUUUCCUCUAUUUUCAUCCACUGUACAAAGACAAGCUUAUCAGAUUGCUUCGCCGCUGGCGGGCGGCCGUCGAUGUGGACCAGGCCAGGGUCCGGCCGGCAAUCAGAAACAAAGAAACGGAGGAAUACUUUACAUACCUGUCGCAGCAGUGGAGA